CCUGGCUGACUGUAUGGACCCAGACUGCUGUCUGCAGCCCUCCUGUCAGAACCAGUUAUACUGCAAAGGGUCACCUGACCCAGGGGAGGUGCUCAGCCAGUCUCCAUCCUCAUUGGCCCCUCAGCAAGCUGCCAGGUCUUUCUACCAGCGCAUUCACUUCUUAGUUGGUCCUGAAUCCACUCACGUCAUCACUGGAGACAGUCCGUUCAAUAAAAGCUUGGUGUCAAUAAUUCGUGGUCAGGUGUUGACAGCCGACGGAACACCUCUGAUUGGAGUCAACGUGACAUUUGUCCACUAUCCUGAACAUGGAUACACCGUAACACGCAAGGAUGGCAUGUUUGAUCUCCUGGCCAAUGGUGGGGCAUCCCUAACAUUGAGUUUUGAGCGUGCUCCAUUCCUUACUCAAUACAGAACUGUGUGGGUGCCAUGGAACGUCUUCUAUGUGAUGGACACACUGGUCAUGAAGAAGGAGGAGAAUGACAUUCCUAGCUGUGACCUGAGUGGUUUCAUCAGACCCAGUCCUGUCAUUGUUGCUUCUCCUCUGUCUACGUUUUACCGAAGUUCACCUGAGGAUGGCCCCAUCCUACCUGAAACACAGGUAAUAAACAGAGGAGGGAUUUUUGGUAACUAGACCAAUUUUCACAGCCAGUAUUUAGCACUGGGCCUGUCAGUGUGUGGUCAUGAAUAAGUUUGUGAUGGAAAUUUAAAGUUAUCAGAAAGUAUAUGUAAAAACUUAACUUAAACUUUUAUAGUUUUUAACAAAACUUUAGAAUGGUAACACAUAUGUAUGUAUACACACAACUCACAUGCAAGUUGAUGGAAUUUCCGAGUAGCCUAACGUAUUCUGAAAAUAUCAUAUGUAGUGACUAUGUAUAUAAAGAUAGAAACUAAAGAGCUUAGGGUUCCAAUUUAAAAAUACCUACCAGUCAAAAACAGUAUAGUUCUCAGUAGAACAUAAUUCUGACACCAUGUAAACACCAACUAAGUUCAGUCAGAAGCCUAUAUAAAACACCAGUAGCUUUUAUUCAGUCAUCACUUAGUAUUCGCUGACUACAUUUUUUUAAUCCCUUUUAUAUCUAAGCCUUAUCAAUUCAGCUUUCACAGAUUUUUCCUGAAAAAAUAAGAUUGGUUCCUCCUGAUUUUUACCUGCAUUUUAUGUCCAUACACAUCCAAGAUCGAUAAGACACAAUUCCAUGCAAUUUACAGCAAACUGCACCUUUUGGCAAUGGCCAUGCCUGUUGAAAAUACCUUUAAUAAUACAAGAAAAAUAGGGAAAAGCUGAUUGUGAGCCACAGCCCUUCAAAGUGAAUAAAAAUAAAUAAAUAGAUAUCUGCUAUAACAGCUAUAGUUUUUAAAGAGCUUAAAUGUGACUAUUUUCUUUCUGUUGAAAAUGGCAACAUGGACUCAGGGACACUGGAUUUAAAAAAAUGUUCUGACAUGACUGUAUAGAGACAAAAUCGAGAAAAUAAGCAGCCGAUUAAUAGAUAAUGAAAAUAAUCAUUACAUAUUUUUUUUAAUUAGGCUUUUAAGUUAGUUUUCAUCUGGAUUUGAAAAAUGCAGAAAUAAUUGAUUGUAUAAAGAUUAUCAACAAUACAAAUGUAUUAUUUAUAUGUGUGUGUGUGUGUGUG